AUGAACAGCCUUAUUCGAGAUCGAAGGAACGAGAGGAGAGAUCAGGCAGCAGACGCCGUCACCGCUCACGAUCCCGCUCUCCUCGACACUCACGAGACCACAGAUCCUUUGGAGAGUACAGGGAUCACAGGGAGCACAGAGACAGGGAAAGGGACUACAGGGAUUAUAGAGACGGUCGAGGGCAUCACAACGACCGCUACGACAGAGACCGCAGAAGAAGUCGAUCCCGUGAGCGCGUCGUUCGCAGGAGCCGGAGUCCAAGGGGCUUCGGUGGUGGAGGAUGAGGCUACCUGUGACAGAAGAACUGUCUUUGUAAUGCAACUCUCUGCUCGUCUUCGCUCGUCUGAACUGGAGUCUUUCUUCUCCCAGGCCGGAAAAGUGCGCGCUGCUCGGAUCAUCGAAGAUCGUAACACAGGAAGAUCGAAGGGUGUGGGAUACGUGGAGUUCUAUGACGAGGACUCGGUUGCCAAGGCGAUCGCCUUGACUGGUGAGAAAUUGCUGGGCAUUCCCGUUAUCGCCAAACAUACGGAAUCAGAGAAGAACAGGUUGGCGCUCCAGGCAGCUUCCCAAGCUCAAGACGCUGUCACUGAGGCUGCGCCUCAGACUCCUCCCGUGGACCUUUCACAGCAUCGUCUUUAUGUUGGAUCAGUGAACUUUGACUUGACCGAGGAGGACCUGAAGCAGGUUCUUGAGCCAUUUGGACCCAUCGAAUUUAUCAAACUUCACAGAGAUGCAGAGACCGGAAAAUCCAAGGGAUUCGCUUUUGUUCAAUACAAGGAGGCCGAACACGCCAAGCAGGCUAUGGAGCGCAUGAACGGCUACGUCUUGGCUAACAGAACAAUCAAGGUUGGACUUGUGACUGAGAAGGGAAGCACUCAGAACCAAACAACCACGGGUUCCAACAACGGCUACCAGUACAACAAUGGCCAGAUCAACAACACUAUCAGCAUGGAUGACAGCGACACUGCCGGAUAUGCAAUGACUUCGCAGUCUCGUGCAGAACUCAUGCAGAAACUUGCCAGAGGCGAUAGUACUAUGGGCGGUGCCGCUCCUCCUACAGCAGUUGCCCCCACUCCCAUUCCUUCAUUUGUGCAACUCCCCGUCGUCAUGCCAUCGCGCGCGGUUCUUUUGAAGAACAUGUUCACUGAGGAAGACAAAACUGAACCAGAGUGGGCUCAAGAACUGGAAGAAGAUGUCAAAGAAGAGGCCGAGAAGAGUGGACCCGUCGUCCACAUCCACGUUCAACAGGAUACAAUGGGCGAUAUUUUCUUGAAGUUUGAUAGCGUCCAGUCAGCUACGAAUGCAGUGCAGACACUGGGAGUCACCUCGGGGGCCUGUAUAUUUGGAUGUCUUGUCCUUGGCAGAGAUACCCUGGGUCUGCUCCCACGCGAUCGUCGCGGAGCACCGAGGUUUCCAGAUCAGCUCCAAGGCCUGCGCCUCCAGUUGGUCCAGUGGUCAGGAUUUGUCGCUCUCACCGACAAGGCCCGGGUUCGAUCCCCGGACUGGGAAUUAACUUUUGCCAAUCUCAACACUGCUGCCGGCUUUUUGACUUUUUACUGUGCAGAGUUCAUCAAGGCUCUGGGGUCAUUCGACUAUGUCUGCGCCAACAAACACCUCAUGCGCAUCAAGGCAUACCCUUCCGCAGUGUCGAUAUGUUCCAAAGUCAUCCAAUGCGAGGGCGUCUACAGUUCAAUGCAGUUCCUCAAGCCCAAGAUGUUCCGUAGAGAAGACCACUUGUACCAUUUGUACAGCGACCUACUGGCCGAGAUUGAGCGAGAGACUCUAUCGUAUCGGGAUAUCAGCAUUGAGAUUUAUGGUUCCGGCGAAACGGAACACAGUGGCGGCGGUGGCAGCAGGGCGAUCAUCACUCGGCAACAGCAGGGGUCUUCAGGGAACAGCUCUCCGGCCUUGAACAUGUCCGAGGGCAGCUACUAUGGACGCGAGGACCAGUCGGCGGCGGAUCAUGUUGUUCUUUAUACGAUUCUUCGGGAGUUGUGUAGUCUUCGUAUGGCUCUCAUUGGAAUCUAUAGAAUGCUCUCGAUGUCUACAGUCGACAUCGACGUCAAGGGCAUCCUCCCAGAGACAGAGCGUGUUCUCCAACUCUACGGAACGGGAACAGUCGAAAUCCAAAACUCAGUCUUGGGACUAGGCAUCGAAUGCGAGAUCCAACUCCUCCGCCACAGCCUCCUGAUCGACCGCGCCAUAGCCGAGUACGAUCUCCAGAAAUCCGCCAUUCACCUCCAUCUCGCCUGCGUCGCCCUCUCCGAAUGGCGUCGCCUCUCACUCGAACAGGAAUACUCUGAGAAAUCCUAUCACCGACCCGAGGAGACCACCUGGCGACAAUACAACAUCUUUGCGAGCGUUGACGAGAAAUCGAAAUCUGCGGUCAAGGCAAAGUUCAACUUGCAGCCGAACCAUCUGUUGUGGUUGCACCGAUGGAUCACGAGUGAGAAAUCAAAGAUGACGAUUUACUUUAUGGAUAGCCUUUUGGAAAAAGAGCAGGCUAUGGGAGGAGAUGAGCGGAGUCUUUGGGCUGGUAUGGACCCUGAUAUGCACGGAAUGAUAAGGACGUUCAGGAAAAAGGCUGGCGCUCAUAGUAUCUCUUUGGUAUACGAAAUAUCGCGCGAUGUCCGGUUUUCUACAUCUGGAUUCGUCAGUGCAAACGCGCCCUAUGAAGCUCCUACCGGGUUGAACUCGUUUCCAUGUAUUUACAGUUAUCCUCCAGAACCACCAAAAGACCAUUGGCCAAACAUCAUUUCGAUCAUGCAAGGGAGUUCUAGUAUCCUCCGUCAGUUCCGAAGCCAGUAUUUUUAUGACCGCAAGAUCGGGUGUACCUAUUACGUUGCUCGAGCAGACCAGCAUGUCUCAAUUGUGAUUAUCUAUUUAGACAAGCACCCGCAGCCAGACACGGGCGCUAUGGAUUUCUUGCAGUUGCUCGCAAGCAAGCUUCGACACACCGAUGUCCUAACUGCGCUGCGAUCGGAUUAG